CGCCUCCUUCUCGCUCUGCGCCGGCGCCAUGGAUGACGCGGCGGCCAGCCGAGGCUUCCGGGUCAUGUACCAAACCAGGGAAAGAUAAGGGACUCCAAGUCCCAGCCGGGGCACGGUGAAACAGCCAGAGCGCGGUCAGAGGGGUCCACGAAUCCCACAGCACAACACACGCGCAGUGAAAGGCAGUAGAAGGCGGGGCGACGCGCACGGCUUCCUGGGAGGUGUAGUCUUCUGUACGCGCGCCCUUGGAGCCCCACUGGAGGCUCGCGCAGGAGCCGUGAGAGGCCUAAGGUGAACUGACUCAUAUGAUUGGCUGUCCCGAAAAAUGAAAAGUCUUUGUGGUCCAGGGCUGAGACCCACGAGGAGACGGGGCGGGAUUUCUGGCGCUAAGAGGCGGAGCCUCUCGGCUUUGGGCGCGAGUGGUUAAAAGACAGUUGGUGUCGGUUCGGCUGCUCGGGUCGGAUUCCGCGGUCCCAGCUCUUCCCCAUGGCAGACGCUGAGCAGUUGCAGGUGUCUUCGCCGCCGCCACCGCCGCCUCCCUCUUCUCCCUCCUCUUCAGACGCCUCUGCAGCAUCUUCCCCGGGCGGCCCAGUGAGUUUGGGCUGGCCAGUGCCGAGCAGGAGCAGCGGCCGAACGGUGGACCCGCUGGAGGAAGUGGAGCUGCAGAUCGGAGAUGCAGCCUUUUCAUUAACCAAACUUCUUGAAGCCACAUCUGCAGUAUCAGCUCAAGUGGAAGAACUUACCUUCAAAUGUACUGAAAAUGCACGAUUCCUUAAAACAUGGCGAGACCUUUUGAAAGAAGGCUAUGAUUCUUUGAAACCUGAUGACUAAUUUGGCAUACUUCGUUGUUUAAUAAUGACUGCAAUCAUUCAGACUUCUUAUGUCAUAUUUGUACAUGUACCACACGUAUAGAAUGACCUCUGUCCAGGAGUUCUGUAUAUACUCAGAAUGAAAUUUUUCUUGGUUUUCUUGGCUUUUGUGAAAGCAGAAUACCGAUGCUGUUUUUGUUGCGGACCAGUACUUGUUUGUCCUUAAAUACUUUAUGCCUCUGAACUUUCAUAGAGUCCUUUAUGAAAGUUAACUUCAUCAAUAGAUGGUUAAUAUUAAUAGAGCCACAGUGCUACCAUUAGCAAACUAGGUAGACCAUUAUUUGUUUUGCAACAAGAUGCUAAGCAUGGCAGAGUUUGAAAUUGCGUUUCAUCUUAAGGACCAAGGGAGGUAACUUUAAGGUUGCUAGUGGUGGAUCCAGCUCCAUUAGGCUAAGUUGUCUACAGCUCAGGAUUGUGUCUUUAUUCUAUAUCCUCAGCACCUAAAACCGGUUCACACAGUACUCAUUGAAUGUUUGUUGAAUAAAAGAGUUAACAAACAUAAUUAAAAGCUUUUUUUCCCUAUAUUUAGCAUGAAGACUGUCAUUGUUUCUUUAGAAAAUGUAUGAAUCUGAACUUUAUUGACUUGAAGAAAAACAUUCUUUUUUUACAGAGAUUUGGACUUUGAUGAUAGGUUUUAAAAUAUAUGAUAAAUAUUUUUUGUACUUAUUUUUUUUUUUAAAGACUUCAGAAAAAGGAGACUGUCUAGAAAGAAUGCAUAUUUUUUCCCUAUUUAUUUCUGUGGUUACUGCUUUUGCAGUUUAACUGUGUUUGUAUUUGAUAUUUGUAUAUGUUUGAUGGCUAUUUUUAAGGUGCCUUACCAGAUUUAUGGCUCUGUGCUAUUACUUUUUGAGCUUUGCAAGUUGUGUACAUAAUAAAGAAGUUACUUUGUGCCGGGCGCGGUGGCUCAAGCAUGUAAUCCCAGCACUUUGGGAGGCCGAGACGGGCGGAUCACAAGGUCAGGAGAUCGAGACCAUCCUGGCUAACACGGUGAAACUCCGUCUCUACUAA